UUCCAAGGCCACAUAAACCCAAUGCUUCAGUUGGGUAGCAUCCUCCACUCCAAUGGCUUCUCCAUCACCGUCCUUCACGCCCAAUACAACUCCCCCGACCCUUCAAUCCACCCAGAUUUCAGCUUUGUUCCCUUGCCAGACACCUCACCUGACUACGACAUCUUAACUGGCGACACAUUAGCUUUUCUAUUGCAGCUCAACGCCAAUUGCGAAGCUGGUUUCCGAGAAUGCUUGGCUACUGAAGCGAUGAGGCAACAUGGCUCCGACGAUGGAAUCGCCUGCAUUAUCUACGACGACUACAUGUACUUCACUCAAGAAACGGCAAAGGAUAUGAAUCUUCCAAGCAUCAUCUUACGCACAAUUAGUGUUUCCAGUUUUCUUGCUCGUAAUGCCCUUUUCCAACUAAAGGCAGAAGGCCACAUUCCCUUCCCAGAAUCUAAGACACAUGACCCGGCUCCGGAGCUUUAUCCACUCAGGUUCAAGGAUCUACCUCUCUCCAUUUUUACAAAUUUAGAAACCUUUUUACAAGUAGUGAGUAAAGUUUCUGGCAAUAAAACAUCUUUGGCCAUCAUUCAUAAUACAAUUGACUACCUUGAAAAUUCAUCAUUGGCGAAGAUACAACAACAAUAUCAAGUUCCAAUUUUCCCAAUAGGCCCUAUGCAUAGGAUUGCCUCGGCCUCCUCUAGUAGCUUAUUGGAAGAGGAUAUUAGCUGCUUGGCGUGGCUUGAUAAGCAAAGUUGUAACUCAGUCAUUUAUGUAAGCUUAGGAAGCAUAGCAUUCAUGGACGUCAAAGAUCUUGUUGAGAUGGCUUGGGGGCUAGCAAACAGCCAGCAACCUUUCUUGUGGGUGGUUCGACCAGGCUCAAUUCGUGGUGCAGAAUGGAUUGAAGUACUGCCCCAAGGUUUCAAAGAAAGCAUUGGCGAGAGGGGUUAUAUUGUGAAAUGGGCACCCCAACAAGAAGUUUUGGCGCACCGUGCAGUGGGAGGAUUUUUGAGCCAUUGUGGAUGGAAUUCAACGCUUGAGAGUAUUUGUGAAGGAGUUCCAAUGAUAUGUAUACCAUGUUUCGGGGACCAAAGAGUGAAUGCAAGGUAUGUGAGCCAUAUAUGGAGGGUAGGCUUCGAAUUGGAGGGUAAGUUGGAGAGAGGUGAGAUAGAGAGAGUUGUAAGAAAACUUUUAGUGGAUGAAGAAGGAAACGAGAUGCGAAAAAGGGGCAAGAUUUUGAAGGAGAGAGUCGAACUUUGCACUAGAGAUGGUGGUUCUUCCAAUAACUCGUUGAACCAGCUAAUAGAGCUGAUUAUGUCACUUUAAUUUCAC